AUGCUUAUAGGAGUGUUUGUGGCCUCCGUACUGGUACAAAACAUCGCUCAUGCUGCCUCCGUCGUCAGUGGGUCCCCGGUGGGCUUUGCGGCCGGCACCACCGGUGGCGGAGACGCUGAGCCCGUGUACCCGAAAGACAUCAAGGAGUUAGCGACGUACCUCAGCGACGAAGAGCCCCGCGUGAUUGUCCUCAGGCAAGAGUUCGACUUCAUCGACUCGGAAGGGUCCACCACGGAGGACGGGUGUCGCCCGAAGAACGCCGCAGAUUGUCUCGCUAAGAAGAACGGUUUCGAGGGGCAAGACGCGAUUCAGCCGAGCUUCAGCACCUGCGACGGCACCACUGUAAAGGUGACAUACGACAAGGCGGCCAAGACCCCCCUCAAGGUCGCUAGCAACAAGACGCUCGUGGGUGAAGGCACCAAAGGCGUGAUGAAUGGCAAGGGCAUUGAAAUCAAGGGGAACAACGUCAUCGUGCAGAACAUCCACAUCACCAACUUGAAUCCUCAUUUGGUCUGGGGUGGAGACGCCAUCAGCAUCAGUGGAGACGACGGCGUUAUCCCCACGGGCAUUUGGAUCGACCACGUCAAAGUCACCAGCGUCGGACGGCAGAUGGUUGUCGUCAACUUCUCCGGUGCCCUGGGCGUCACGAUCAGUAACUCGGACUUUGACGGCAAGACCAAGUACUCCUCCUCGUGCGACGGUCACCACUACUGGGGGUUCAUCGUCACGGGAGCCAAAACUGAGAUGACUUUGGUGGGCAACUACAUCCACACGAUGUCAGGCCGCGGGCCCAAGGUCGGAGGCUCGGAGGACAACGUCAUCGCUAUGCAUGCGGUAAACAACUACUUCUCCGACAACACCGGCCACGCGUUCGAUGUGUCGCAGCGCGGAUACGUCCUAGCGGAGGGCAAUUACUUCGACUCGGUCAAGACGCCCAACCAGCCUGACCCGGAGGGCAACAUCUUCAUCCCCACGUCGGGCGGGGACUGCCAGGCAACCAUCGGCCGUACCUGCGAGGUGAACGUACUGGCCGACAGCGGCACGUUCACUAGCAACUCGGAAGACGCCGCCAAGAAGCAGAUCGGUACGUACAAGACCCAGAUUGGCGGCUUCAAGGCCGCUGUUGCGUCGAAAUUGUCUGUAGCGAGCGGGAACUUCGGCGUUGGUGACUUGGGCGGCUCUAGCAGUGUUACACAGUCGAGCGGCGAUGGCAAUGCGUCCCCAUCCACAUUGACCCAGCCACCAUCCACUGGAUCAGCGAGCCAAGCGCCCUCAUCGAGCACUUCAGCGACAGGGAGUUCAAAGGACCAGGAGCAGACAAGCACCUCUACUACUACUGGCUCUAGCUCUGCUGUUGUGGGUGUCCCCACCGGAUUCGCAGCGGGCACCACCGGUGGCGGAGACGCCGAGCCCGUGUACCCGAAAGACAUCAAGGAGUUAGCGACGUACCUCAGUGACAAGGAGCCCCGCGUGGUCGUUCUGAAGCAGGAGUUCGACUUCAUUAAAUCGGAGGGAUCCACGACCGAGAAGGGGUGCCGUGGCAAGAACAACCUCGACUGCAUCGCCAAGAAGAACGGUUUCCAGGGACAGGAUACGAUCGAGACGGACUUUAGUAAAUGCGACGGCUCAUCCAUCGACGUGACGUACGACAAGGCCGCUAUCACCCCACUAACUAUCAGCAGUGACAAGACGCUCAUAGGUGAAGGCACCAAGGGCGUCCUCAACGGCAAGGGCAUCAUCAUCAAGGGCAGCAACGUGAUCGUGCAGAACAUCCACAUCACCAACUUGAACCCGCACGUUGUUUGGGGCGGCGAUGGUAUCACUAUCCGUGGUGAGGGCGACGUCGCACCCAAGGGCGUUUGGAUUGACCACGUGAAGGUGUCGAGCGUCGGGCGUCAAAUGGUGGUCAUCAACUUUUCGGGCGCCACAGGUGUCACGAUCAGUAAUUCGGACUUCGACGGCAACACCAAGUUCUCGUCGUCGUGCGACGGCCGUCACUACUGGGGCUUCUUGAUCCUCGGCAAGAAGACGGAGAUGAGCCUGCUAGGCAACUUCGUGCACAUGACGUCUGGCCGCUCGCCCAAGAUCGGAGGAACUCAAGGCGACACGUCCGUCGUGCAUGCUGCGAAUAACUACUUCUUCGACAACACUGGACACGCCUUCGACGUGGCCACCGGUGGCUACGUCUUGGCCGAAGGCAACAGCUUCGAUUCGGUCAAGACGCCCAACCAGCCUGACCCGGAGGGCAACAUCUUCAUCCCCACGUCGGGCGGGGACUGCCAGGCAACCAUCGGCCGUACCUGCGAGGUGAACGUACUGACCGACAGCGGCACGUUCGCCAGCAACUCGGAGGACGCGGCCAAGACGCAGAUCGGCACAUACAAGGAGCAGAUCGGCGGUACGAAGGUGGCCGCUGUGUCGAAACUGUCCGCGGCAAAGGGGAACUUUGGUGUCGGUGAGCUUGGAAGCAGCAGCGCGGCCCCGGCCGCUGCCGUCAACGCGGACGUCCCGGCCACGGAGGAUACGGCGCACCAGGGCCAGAUUGAGACUCCAGUAACUCCUUCCACCGACGCCCCUGCAUCAACCAAGGAGGGUGCCGCUGACAUGCCGCUGAGCACGGUCGCGCCGUACAAGGAGGAUUCGGCCGCUGGAAGUUCGGCCCUUGAGUGGGGCCACGUGACGCAAGGAGCGGCUUCCGACGGCUCGGCCAAUUGA